AUGCCUGUUGUAUGUUAUACUGACAAAUGUACUAUAUACUGCUAGGCACUAGAAAACCAGCUGAAGAUCUGUGGCUUUAAGAGCAACGGGGAUGUUAUAGGAUUGUAUCUGGCUAGACAAGGACUAAGAAGUAUCCCAAGUCUCUCACAGUUUAAUAGGUUAAAGUAUUUGUGGCUUAACAACAAUAAGAUACAAGAUUUAACUUUCUUGAUCAAAAACUAUUGCUUGACUGAACUCUACCUCAACAAUAAUGAACUGACAGAUAUAUCAGGUGCUCUGAAACACUUAUGUUCAUUACAGAUUCUGUUUCUUCACAACAACGAGUUAAAGAAACUUGGCAAAACAGUGAAGGAAUUGAAAGGAAUGAUAAGCUUGCACACUCUAAACCUAUUCCAAAACCCUCUGGCAUGUGAUCCAGACUACCGGCUUUAUGUGAUUUACAUCCUUCCUUCAGUUCAGCUCCUUGACAGGAAGUUAGUUACACAAAGAGAAAGGGAAUCAGCAUUUCAUCUUUAUAACCCUGAAAGGUCUCUGCUCGUGCAGUCCAUAGCUUUUGGGAAGAGAGUAAAUACACCCCUGGGGGCUCCACUGGGAUCCAGAAGAUGCAUUCAACCAGCCAGAAGACUGAUAAUGCCCUCAGGUUGUGAAUUUGCAGAUAACACAAAUAAAGUACCAUUUGAGAACCCUGAAGAUGCAAUUUUAGUACGGGCAAUGACAAGAUCUCUAACAGAAUUUUCCUUUGUGGACUGGAACAAGGUAGCCACCUGUCAAGAAAGACGUCUUCAAAAUAAAGCAGAAGCCCUUGAGAAGCUGACAGUCCAAUUUAGAUGAGUCCUUUCUUCCUUAAGGAAAAAACAGUUCCUCUAGGGUGGAGCCCCAUAAGUAGGUUAACACCUCUAUAAACAAGUACAUGACAACAUGCAUCUAAUUAAAUGAAUUUCCAGAAAAAAACCUGUGUAAUAUAGUGAAGAAUUAAGAUAACAAAUGAAAAAUGUCAAUGUUACAAUAAAAGUUGCUUGAAAUGCAAUUCUUAGCAUACUUUUGUUAUCAGAAAUACUAAA